GGGAUGUCCUACACGGUUGCUCACAAAGCAAGAGUUUGUAGGCUUUAUCGCCGAGCAAUCAAAACUCUUAUGGACUGGGUUGUCGACAGAGAAGUUCUGUCUGAGCAAGCCAUUCAGGUGAGAAACCAGAUUGAGAGGCACAGGCACGAACCCAACAUUGCGUAUGCGGAGGACCUUUUGAAGGCUGGUGAGGCUCGGCUUAAGAAGUACGCCCAUCCAGAUCCUUAUAUUCUCCCCGAGAUGCCAGGAGGAACCAAGUGGCAGAGAAACCUUCCUGUACCACAUGAGAUUUGGGAUCAACCCUAUGUCAAGCAUUAGAUUUGAAUCACACAUGAGCUUGCGUGCUAGAAGGACUCGGCGAAACGAAUUAGAAGCGAACGCUACAGGCUCACUUUGCCGUGCAAUCUCAAACAUCAUAUCUCUCAUGCAUUUUGGGCAUGUGAAAUAAAAAGCUGAACCUACA